CGACUACACACCCCCAUGUACUUCUUCCUGUGCAGCUUGUCUAUUGUUGAUAUCUGCUAUUCAUCUGUUGUCACCCCAAAGAUGUUGGCAAACUUCUUAGCAGAGAACAAAGCCAUUUCCUACUCUGGGUGUUUUUCUCAACUGUAUUUUUUUGUUGCCUGGGUAUGUACAGAGUGCUUCCUCCUGGGUGCAAUGGCAUAUGACCGCUACGUGGCCAUCUGUAAACCCUUGCUUUAUUCAUCAGUUAUGUCCCAUAAAAUCUGUGUCCCACUGGUGGCUGGCUCCUAUAUCACUGGCUUCACAAAUGCCAUGAUUACUGUGUGUGUUAUUACCAGGUUAUCAUACUGUGGUUCCAAUAUCAUCAGCCAUUUUUUCUGUGACACCCCUCCACUGCUAGCCCUAUCAUCCUCUGAUAGCUCCAUCGCUGAAAAUACCAUUUCUCUUUUAGCUGGUUUCACCUGUAUCAGCUCCCUCCUGGUAAUCCUCUUCUCUUACCUGUACAUCUUGGCUGCCAUCCUGAAAAUCCACUCUGCCGAGGGCAGGCACAAAGCCUUCAACACCUGUGCCUCCCACCUGACGGCCGUCACCAUGUUUUAUGGAACUCUGAUCUUUACAUACUUACGCCCCAAAUCCAGCUACUCACUGGGCCAAGACCAGGUGGCCUCUGUGUUCUAUACGGUGGUGAUCCCCAUGCUGAACCCCCUGAUCUACAGCCUGAGGAACAAGGAGGUGAAGGACGCCCUGAGGAGAUCUCUGGGGAGGGGAAGUGGUUUCAAGAUGAAUGUGUUUCCAUGUCAUUCUAAUAACCAAUAA